CUCUGUCACUGUGCUCACACUCCUCUCCACCAGGGGUCGUAGUUGAGUCGGCGUUUCUCUGCGGAACCAUCGAGCGCCGUAGCUCCUCGGGACGGGGGGAGCGGAAAGAGUGUGACACCGUUACCAAACAGCAACAAUGCGCGAAUAAGCUUCUUUGAAAGUGGUUUGAAGUGGCUGUCCAAGAUGGCCACCCGCCGUGUGCCACUUGUCUUGCUCGCCUGCGGCUCUUUUAAUCCCAUCACCAACCAGCACAUGAGGCUGUUUGAGCUGGCCAGAGACCACAUGCACAGGACAGGCCAGUACCAGGUGGUGGGUGGCAUCGUGUCUCCAGUGAGUGACGGCUACGGAAAGCAAGGCCUGGUGCUGGCUAAGCACCGAAUAGCCAUGGCAAAGCUGGCACUGCAGAGCUCCAACUGGGUCAGGGUUGAUGAAUGGGAGAGCCAGCAGCAGGACUGGACAGAGACUGUGGUCACCAUGAGGUAUCAUUAUGGCCGCAUUCUGAAGGAGUAUGAGCGGAGCACAGGAACUUACAUCGGCUCCGAUAUCGACUCCAAUGACUCCUCAAGCCCGCGCCCCGAGCUGAAGCUCCUGUGUGGAGCCGAUUUCCUCGACACUUUUGAGAUCCCCGGCCUGUGGCUGGACGACCACGUGGAGGAGGUGGCCAGACGCUUCGGCCUCGUCUGCGUCAGUCGAGGGGAGCUUCAGCCCGAGCGAGCCGUGCACGAUUCGGACACGCUCUCGCGUUACCGUCAGAACAUCUUCCUGGUGAGGGAGUGGGUGAGAAACGAGACGAGCGCCACCGAAGUCCGCCGGGCUCUGAGACGGGGGCAGAGCGUGAAAUACCUGAUCCCGGACUCUGUGAUAGAUUAUAUUGACCAGCACAACCUCUAUACUGAGGACAGUGAGAGGAGGAAUAAGGACACAUUGCUGAGGCCGCUCACCAAACAGGCACAAGAGCCUGUGAAGAGUCUGGAUGACUGGUUCUGCACUCAGCCACAAGUAGACAUCCACAGCAGACCUCCUCGAUCACUGGAAGUAAGGAAAGCAGCAGAGAAAACAGCCAAGAUGCCUGUCGAUCUGAACGGAUAUUGGAAAAUGAUUUCCAGUGAUAACUUCGAGGAGUACCUGAAGGCCCUUGAUGUCAACGUUGCCAUCAGGAAGAUCGCCACCUUGUUGAAGCCGGACAAGGACAUCACGCACGACGGGGACCACAUCGUCAUCAAAACCCUCAGCACCUUCAAAAACUACAACAUGGACUUCCAUGUGGGCAAAGAGUUCGAGGAGGAUCUGUCCGGAGUGGACGACAGGAAAUGCAUGACCACCAUCACCUGGGAGGGAGACAAGCUGGUGUGUGUGCAGAAGGGGGAGAUCGAAGGCAGAGGCUGGACCCACUGGGUGGACGGAGAUGAGCUUCAUCUGACACACACACCAGCGUCGCAAGCUGACACCAUGCCUGCAGACUUCAAUGGGAGAUGGAUACUGGAAACCAGUGACAAAUUUGAGGAAUAUCUGAAAGUGCUGAAUAUUGACUUUGCUACAAGGAAAAUUGCCAUCUCCCUGUCUCAGACUAAAGUGAUUACCCAAAAUGGAGACACGUUUGACAUCAAAACACUGAGCACCCUGAGGAAUUACGAGCGCUCCUUCACUGUUGGGGUUGAGUAUGAUGAGUACACCAAGGGACUAGACAGCAGAAAUAUCAAGUGUCUGGUGACCUGGGAGGGGGACAAGCUGGUGUGCAGACAGAAAGGAGAGAAGGCCAACCGUGGCUGGAAACACUGGGUCGAAGACGACAAACUAUACCUGGAGCUGACGUGUGAAGAUGUAGUUUGUCUUCAGGUGUUCAAGAAAAAAGAAUAAAAGCCCCAAAUUGUC